UGUUCUUGUUAUCAUUAACUUUCAACUAUCACCUUUGCUACUAUAAUUUAUAUUUUUUAAUUUAGUACAACGUGAAUUCGUGUGAAGUCUUGGGUGCUCGGAUCGUCGAUUGGCGUUGAUUAUUUUUGUUAAUUAUUUUUUCUUUUCUAGUACACCACCAAAGUUAAUCAUGUCAUUGGCAGAACCAAGGAAGAGAAGGAAAAAUCCGAUGCACAGUGUUAAUCUGUCAGCUCAAAAUCAUUGGUCGGAAGAUGAUUCAAAAUUUGGUCAACGUAUGCUUGAAAAAUUUGGCUGGUCAAAAGGAGCUGGUCUUGGAAAGAAUAAACAAGGGAUAGCAGAAAACAUUAAAAUUCAACAUAAAGUUACCCCUACAGGAUUGGGAUUUCUGGCAAACAAUGCAGAUGAUUGGUUUAAAGCAGGCGAAGACUAUUCGCGGUUAUUAUCUCAAUUAACUGAAAAGUUUGACCAGUACCAAGCACUUACAAAAGCAAAUUACAAUAAGAACUCACCAAAAUCUCUUGAGGAAAAUUCAUUAAAUUCUAGAUCAAGAGUACACUAUCAUAAAUUUACAAAAGGAAAAGAUUUGACACAAUACAAAAAGGAAGAAUUAGCAUGUAUAUUAGGUAAAGGAGUAAAAGAUGAUGAUCAAAAUUUAAGUGGUUUAAAUAUGCAAGAAUACUUUAAAAAUAAACAUGAAAGUAAAAAACUGCUUAUAAAUAAACAGUAUGAUAUACCUAGCAAUGAAGAUCCUACUAGGAUUUCUAAUGAUGAAACUAAUAAAAAUAUUAAAACCGGCAAAGUUGAAUGUAAUAUAAGUGAUGCAAUUGACUCGGAAGAAAAAAUUGUUGAACAGGUAAAUAAUUUUACACCUAUAAAAAAAAAGAAAUGUGACACACAACUUUCAAAACAAACUGUUAAGCCUCCUAAUGAAUGCAAUGAAGCUGAAUUAAAAACUAAAAAGAAAAAAUCAAAAGAAUCGAUUAAUGAUAAUGUAAAUGAUGUUGAUUUAUCAAAGAAAAUAAAAAAAUCCCAAAUGCCAACUAAUGAGAAUGUAGAUAGUAUUAAGUGUCUUGAGAGUGAGUGCAAUAGUAAUAACAAUAAGGAAACUCAAAAACAAGAAGAAUUAGUAUUAUCAUAUAAAUAUCAGAAUUUAGUUGAUCUUUUAAUUGAAAACAGUUCAGCUGGUAAAAAGUAUUGUACGGAUUCAAAUUCUAUGUUUGAAAAGAAAAUAAAAGAAUUUAUUGAUACCGUUAAAAGUCAACAUUCAAUCACUGUUUCUUCUGAAAUAAAUCAGACAAAUGAAGAACUAAAGUCAAAUAAGCCCUUGACUUUGAAUCCUGACGACAAAAAUUUUGUUAAAGAUUUUGAGGCUCAAAAAUCUAAAGUACUUGAGAGUAUAAAAAAACGACAAGAGGUGUCAAAAUAUGUGAACGAUAAAUCUAUGUUUAUUGCUGAACAUGGUAAUAUUUUAUUCUUUGGUAGUAAUAUGAAUGAAAUCAAAGGUUAUGGAGACUGGUAAAAUAUAUUGAAUAUUAUAUGGAUUAAAUAUUUUUUUGUUUUUAUGAUUGAUAU